CUUAGGUAUGUCAAGAUGCACAGCUCACUGGAGAGCAAUACCCUCGGGCCCAAUGUGUGGGACUACGAUAUGAUAUUGGAGAAGAUCGGUUAUGGCAAAACGCAGUGGAUUCUCUUGCUUGUCAGCGGACUUCUGACAAUCACAUCCGUUGCCGCCCAACAGGCCAUGAGUAUCAUUGUGAUCGCUUCGCAUUGUGAGUUUCAAACCACACAGGCUGAAAAAGGCCUGAUGAUGGCGGCUAGUGUUACAGGUAUCUUUUUAUCGACCUAUAUAUGGGGAUAUAUCAGUGAUGAUAUAGGGCGCCGGAAAGUUUUACUUUAUGGAAAUUUCGCCAGCAAUGCCCUGCAAUUUAUUCUAAUGUUCGUUACAAGUGUUUGGUUAUUCAACAUUAUUAACCUUCUUGUUGGAAUCAGUGUCGGUGCGGUGUCAGCAGCACUCUAUGCAUAUCUAAGUGAAUUCAACAUACCACGACAUCGGGCUGUGGCGAUUAAUUAUUCCACAAUGUUUGUUAGUGUUACUGCAAUAUAUGUACCAGCAACUGCAUGGCUGGUACUCUCAUCUAACUGGGCAAUCACCGUUGGCGAUUUUGUUUUUCGACCAUGGCGUUUAUUGUUGCUAGUUAGUCUGCUACCAGGAUUCAUUGGUGGCUUAAUUUUAUUAUAUUACCCAGAAAGUCCAAAACUAUUACUAUCACAAAAAAAAAACCAAGAAGCAAUUGAGGCUGUAGCAUGGAUUAGUAAAUUUAACAGGGGGAAAUCAAUACAUCAAGUUCUAAAUUGUGAUGAAUUUACAUUGAAAUCAGAAGAGCCUGCUGGGGAAAAUUUGUUGGCAGAAAGCCAAGGAUGUGGUAUUAUAUCAAAAAUAUGCAGAGCUACUAUUCCACUUUUCCAAAAGCCACAUGGAUUUAACUUUAUUCUUUGUAAUUUGGCUUUGUUCGGCAUGUUCUUUAGUUCAAAUGGCAUGCAAUUUUGGUUUCCCGAAAUUGUUAAUCGCUCAUCCGGCGCAGAAAAUAACUCCUCUACAGUUUGCGAGAUUCUGAGUGUACCUGUUGAAAAACCCAAUGUUACAGAAACUUUGGACUGUUCUGAUCCCAUUUCAAGCAAAACCUACAUAGAUAACCUGAUUGUUGGCUUUGCGUUCUUGAUUGGAUUUUCCAUUCAAGGACUUAUCCUUAAUCCCUUGGGUCGAAAGAAUGUACUUUUAGCUGCUCUAGCAGUUGCAACGCUAAGUGGGGUUUUGCUCCAUUUUAUGGGGAAUCCCACAGGCGUACUAGUACUUUUCUGCCUGUACAUUCUUUUGCCUGGGCUUUCGAUUUCAAUUAUGAUUGGUGCGAUUGUUGAUCUAGUUCCCACACACUUAAGAUCUAAGGCAGUCAGCUUUUGCAUGUCCCUAGGACGACUUGGAAUCAUUGCAGCUACAAACCUAAUGGGAGUUAUGCUGCAGCCUUAUUGCAAUACAACUUUUGCCAUUUUUACUUGCACUCUAAUUGUGUGUAUUGUUAUUGUUCAUUAUCUGCCGAUUCGAAACUCAGCUUAGUUAAUUGUUUACCUUUCUCUUUAUAUAUUUUUUUCUGCUUCAUUUUUAAUAUUACAUUUAUUAAAAACUCCAAAACCUUUUA